AUGUCGCAGAAGGAGUUGAAUAUACGACAACAGAGAUGGGUAGAAUUAAUUAAAGACUACGACUGUAUUAUAGAUUAUCAUCCAGGAAAAGUGAGUGUAGUCGUGGAUGCUCUCAGCCGUAAAGACAAGGCAAUUAAGGAUGGACCAGCGACUUGGAAUGAGGAAACUAUGAUUGGACUAAAGAGAUUAGGGGCAGUAUUAAGUAUUAAUUCGGAAGGAUCCUUAAUGGCUCAACUAAGGGUGAAGUCAGGAUAUCGAGAGCAAAUAUUAGAGGCACAACAGGUUGAUGAUGAGAUGUUAAAAGUAAGAAUCAAACUGGAAUUGGGGGGUGAAACUCUUUUUCGAAUGGGUGAUGAUGGAAUAGUGCUGUUGGGGCAACGCAUGUAUGUGCCUGACAACAAAGCCCUUAAACAAAAGUUAUUAUGA